GUGCCUGGUCGUUGGCGACAACACAAUUUUACAGCGGUGUCAGCUAGGGCACACAGUUGGCCUUCGCAUCGCCGUGCGGCAGCUCGGGCUGCAGAGGAUCCGUGUCUGCCGGGGGUAAUUCCCGAAGCGGUCCAGCUGCUUGCAAAGCGUCUGCCCACUUCGCUUCGUCUUUGCUUUGGUGCAGCGGGUACCGGGCUUGCAUGCACCAAGAACUUUGCACCAGGCACCGACAUGGCGUUGGAGCCCGUUCUCAUUUGGUGCUCAGACGAAGGCAAGCUUCCUGCGACUGGCAAGGCCUUCGACUUGGCGCGAUUGUUUCCAGUAACUCUCCGGCGGCGAUGCGGUGUUGAGAUCCCCGCCGCCAUUACAGCCGCCUUGGUCUUUCUCUCACGCAGUAUCGCCGCGGAGCCGUUGCAACCCUGGUUCCACGGGACUUGCCCGGGACCGCAGCACUGGAAGCAUUUACCUGGCCCUCGCCUAGCAUUGCUACAGCGCAUCGCACAGGCUAGGAGGCUGCUUGAGGAGGCCCACAAGGAGGGAGUCCUCAAGACGCCACUGGAAGUCACGGAUGAGGAGCUGAUUGACUUCGACCUUCGCCGUAUCGGUGUGUCGCUUGGCCAACCAGCUGUUGUCCCAUUUACUCUUGCACUACUGAACCAUUCCUGCAAUCCGAACGCCAAGCUCGUCUGGAAAGGAUCGCAGCUUGUCCUCUCAAGCCUGCGCAGCAUCUCCGAAGGGGAGGAGAUCUUCGUGUCCUACAUCAACGAAAUAGAUGACGUGCUCUCGAGGAGGUACUUCCUGCUGGAGCAGCACGGGGUGAAAUGUGUCUGUUCCAGGUGUCAGGCUAACUUCUCUGGCGUCGGCGGAGCAGUUUUAAGUGGCUGGUUGUGCAAUGUCUGCCGCGAGCCGAUGCCCGAUGAGGCACUCUGCUGCCCACGCUGCCAGACCCCUGCAUCACGCGCAGUGCGCGUAGCGCGGCAGCAGCGAAGCUUGCGGGCAGAGGAGGCGUUUCGUCAAUGUGUUCGACAGCUACAGCAGCUGGCAGGAAAGUCGCUGGACCCUGUGGCUGUUGGGCCACUUUUAACGGCUCUCCAGAAGACUGUAGCGGAGCUUCAGUUUGUUCGGCCACCUGGAAGCAGGCGAACGGUCCAG